AUGCCUGCCGAGGGAAAGGCUUCACACGAGGACAGCUUCGAUCCGGCCGGUCUCCCGGACUAUGACUGUGACUUUAUCGACCCGGACGACCUGCAUCGUUUCGAAAAAGCGCUCAACGCUCCGGAAGCUUCUCCUUUGGUAGCCAUCAACGACUGGCGCCCGAUCAACCAACGUGUCCGCAAGGCUCGAGGGCGUCGCAAAGCCCUGAAAAGAAGCAAAGAUGAGACGAGAGAAGGCGUGCUGUACACCAUCCUGAAAUGGCCGCUCCUGUUGACCGUGUUCACUUGGAUCGUGGCCCUGUGCUGUGGCUAUGUCCUGGUUCGAGUGUAUAUUUUCCUGUAUGAGCAGUGGGUCACUUGGCGGGGCAAGAGACAACGACUCCGACUGUCACUGUCCGCUCAGACAAAUUACCAGGACUGGUUGAAGGCGGCACAGGCGUUGGACGCUCAUCUUGGGAACGAGAAGUGGAAGCAGAUCGACGAAUAUGCCUACUACGACCACCUCACAAUAACCAAAGUGGUGACACAAUUGAAGAGCGCGAGGGAAGGUGCCCAGCGGGAAAUUCAGAGCGGGAGGACCAAUGACAAUGAGAUUUCUGCCGUGGAGGAGCUACGGUCUCUCUUGGAGGCGUGCGUCAAGAAUAAUUUUGCUGGAGUGGAGAAUCCCCGGAUGUACAGCGAGGCUUAUUCCGGAACCAAGGACCUGGCGCAGGAGUACAUCGAUGAGGUGCAUGCCUGCAUCCAGUUGAUCCUGGACAGUAAGCAAAUUGAUCGGGAGACCAAAUACCAGCAUUUCAAACACCUCGAUACCAACUUCGGACGCACGGCACUUUGCCUCUCGGGCGGAGCGACCUUUGCUUACUACCACUUCGGGGUGGUUAAGGCCUUGCUAGACAAUGGCGUCUUACCAGAGAUCAUCACGGGAACGUCAGGCGGAGCACUAGUGGCCGGUCUUGUGGCAACCCGAACCGAUGAGGAGCUGAAGCAGCUGCUCGUUCCAGCCCUAGCACAUCGGAUCCGCGCUUGUCAUGAGGGAUUUGCAACGUGGAUGCUCCGUUGGUGGAGAACGGGCGCUCGGUUCGAUACAUUAGACUGGGCCAAGCAAUGCAGCUGGUUCUGUAGAGGUUCGACUACCUUUCGAGAAGCCUAUGAACGGACUGGUCGUAUCUUGAAUGUCUCCUGCGUGCCCUCAGAUCCUCACUCACCCUCUAUCUUGGCCAACUACCUGACAUGCCCGGACUGCGUCAUCUGGAGCGCCGUGCUUGCUUCCGCUGCCGUCCCUGGCAUUCUGAACCCGGUCGUCUUGAUGACGAAGACGCGCAAUGGUACACUAAAGCCUUACUCAUUCGGUCACAAGUGGAAAGACGGCAGUUUGCGGACGGACAUCCCGAUCAAGGCUUUGAAUUUGCAUUUCAACGUAAACUUCACGAUUGUGUCUCAGGUCAACCCUCAUGUGAACUUGUUCUUUUUCAGCUCCCGGGGAACUGUAGGGCGACCAGUUACCCACCGCAAGGGCCGUGGCUGGCGCGGUGGAUUCCUGGGCACUGCUCUUGAGCAAUAUAUCAAACUUGACUUGAACAAAUGGCUCCGUGUCCUCCGACACCUGGAACUUCUUCCUCGACCACUGGGUCAGGAUUGGAGCGAGAUCUGGUUACAGAAAUUCAGUGGCACGAUCACGAUCUGGCCAAAGAGCGUUCCAUCCGAUUUCUACCAUAUUCUUUCCGACCCGAGCCCCGAACGACUUGCACGUAUGAUCCACAUGGGUCAGCAAAGCGCUUUUCCCAAAAUUCAAUUUAUCAAGAACAGACUCAAGAUUGAGAAUGCCAUCAUGAGGGGCCUGCAGCAAUGCUCCGCCACCGGCGGACGCUCUCUCUCCCCGAUCCUCUCUCGUCGGCUCCACAACUCAGAAAACGAGGACGUGAUGGAGCGGAGAUUGGAUGAAAGUUUACCAGAACGUAGCGAAUCAAGCUACAAGCAUGAGUCGCCUUAUGUCGACUUCUCCGAUAGCAUGUCCCAAUCAACCUUCUCCACCUCCUCACGCCCUCAGACCCCCACUUCUCGGAGGGGCAGCGUGAUAGAGGAGAUACAGCGCCAGUCGGCCGUCUUCUUUGACGAUUCCGACCUCUAUGGUGAUGAAGACGCCGUAAUCACCUGA